GGGGAAUUACAAUCAAUCAACAACAACAUAAAAUUAUCCCACAUUUCUUCGGGUGUGAUUUAUGCAUUAACAUCCACUCAGAACAUCCAAUUUUGUUGCAUUCUAUAAAUAAUUGUAAUUUUGAUAGUGGAAAGCAAAACAAAAAUGAAAAAGAAUCAUAAACCAGGAAAAAUAUUAACAGAGAAAAUGGAAUUUGGGAAAAUACUAAACCGAAUUAAUCAAAUGGGGUGUGUGAGUGGAAGAUGGAGAAAAAUUAGUGAAUGAGGGAAAGUGUGAAUGGGUGAGUGAAUGUCAUUGCAUGGAAAAGAUCAUGUGUAACAACGUUCAGGUAACUUUAGAGAAAUUAGCUAUAUAUCAAGGUCAAUGUUUUUAUUUUAAAAGUAACUUAAAAUACUUUGACUCUGACCAUGUUUUAAAUUACCUACACCCAUGCCUGCGACGUUCAGGCCCUCCCCUACCCGAGCCUGAUAACACUGCUUCUUCCUCAGUUUAAUAGUAUCAAUAAGCUGCUUGUCUCUCUGUCCCCGCUCCCUGAGUGUUUCGGCUGCUCAAUGAUGAGAUGUGAGAGAGAGCUGUUGGCUGACGUUAGCCAACUACUUUUCAUCACUCUAAACUCCGACAAAAUGUGUGGAACAUUAUUAUUUUCUAUCAACUCGGACAAUGUUUUUGCUAGGGCUGGCACAAUUACCAUAUAACCGUGAAACCAACGGUUAUGAAGACCGUCAUGAAUAUAAAAUAACCGCCAUAACCAUUAUUUUUUAUUGAAGAUUGGACGGCUGGGCAGUCAUGCAGUUGAGUCCGUUUCUGCGGUAAUAUGGACUCUUAACUCUUAUGAAACUGUUUUGCUCCUUGCUGAAACAAUCAAGGUGUUGUAGCAAACGUUCUACAUUCCAUGGCUAACCCCUGAAAAGUCGGCGCUAACCCUGCUGCGGAGAAGGGCCAGCUAGCCCUGGGCUAAGGGUACCUUCUAAGAGAAAUCAAGAGGGCAGACAUUCCACUUCCAGAGGGAGAAGUGAACCCGGUUGCACCCCUGCCCAAACAUGUCCUAGUUAUAAUGGAGCAGUUGCAGAGGUUGGAGGUGGAGCUGAGCGAGGUGACCAGGAAUAAGGAGAAGCUACAGAAGAACCUCCUGGAGCUGACAGAGUAUACACACAUGCUGCGCAUCACACGCAACUUUGUGCACCGCAGCGCAGAGUGUGAGCCCCCGCAGGUCCAGUAUGAGGAGUUCCCCUUCCUAGAAAAGGAUUCCAUGAUGGACUACAGCAGCAUGCAGCGACUAGGGGCCAAACUAGGGUUUAUAUCAGGGCUGAUUCAGAGAAGGAAAAUAGAGGCCUUUGAGCGCAUGCUGUGGAGAGUGUGUAAGGGCUACACCAUCCUUAGCUACUCUGAGAUUGACGAGUACUUGGAGGACCCUGACACGGGUGAGCCAAUUAAGAGUGUGGUUUUCCUCAUCUCCUACUGGGGCGAGCAGAUUGGACAGAAAGUCAAGAAGAUCUGUGACUGCUACCACUGUCACGUGUAUCCAUACCCCAACAGCAAUGAGGAGAGGAAUGAUGUUGUGGAGGGACUCAGGACUCGCAUCCAGGACCUGCACACUGUACUCCACAGGACAGAGGACUACCUGAGACAAGUCUUGAACAAGGCCUCUGAGUCCGUCUACACCUGGGUCAUCCAGGUUAAGAAGAUGAAGGCCAUCUACCACAUCCUCAACCUGUGUAGCUUUGACGUUACCAACAAGUGUCUGAUAGCCGAGGUGUGGUGCCCUGUCAACGAUCUGCCCAUCCUGCGAAGGGCAUUAGAGGAAGGCUCGCGGAAGAGUGGAGCCACGGUGCCUUCUUUUGUCAACCGUAUUCCCAGCAAUGACACUCCACCAACCCUAAUAAGAACCAACAAGUUCACAUCAGGCUUCCAGAACAUAGUGGAGGCCUAUGGAGUGGGCAACUAUAGAGAGGUUAACCCAGCUCCUUACACAAUCAUCACCUUCCCCUUCCUGUUUGCUGUGAUGUUUGGAGACUUGGGCCAUGGUGUGAUCAUGGCUCUGUUUGCUCUCUGGAUGGUGCUGUAUGAGGACAAUCGCAAACUGAAACACACCAGGAAUGAGAUCUGGAACACAUUCUUUGAGGGCCGUUACAUCAUCCUUAUGAUGGGCUUGUUCUCUGUCUAUACCGGACUCAUCUACAACGACUGCUUCUCCAAGUCUCUUAACAUCGUUGGCUCGGGCUGGAGCGUCAAUGCCAUGUUUAAAUCUGGAAAUUGGACUUGGGAUUCCACACUCCGCACCAAUGCCUUUCUGACCCUUGAUCCCAAUGUCCCUGGGGUUUUCAAUGGACCCUACCCUUUGGGCAUUGACCCGAUUUGGAACUUGGCGUCAAAUCGUCUGACCUUUCUGAACUCCUACAAGAUGAAGAUGUCUGUGAUCGUUGGUAUCAGUCACAUGAGCUUCGGGGUCAUCCUAGGUAUCUUCAACCACCUGCAUUUUAGAAAAAAGUUCAACCUGUACUUGGUACUCCUCCCGGAACUGCUGUUCCUGCUGUGCCUAUUUGGCUACCUGGUCUUCAUGAUCAUCUACAAGUGGCUGGCCUUCUCUGCACGCGACUCCCAGAUGGCCCCCAGCAUCCUCAUCCACUUCAUCAACAUGUUCCUCAUGCAGGGGGACGGGGUGCCACCCCUCUUCCCAGGACAGGUUGGGCUGCAGGUGUUCCUGGUGGUCAUUGCUCUACUAUCGGUGCCUGUCUUACUGCUGGGGAAACCAGUCUACCUGUACUGGCUGCACAACGGAGGAGCCAACCGCAUUGGAAUGUACAGGGGUUAUGAGCGUGUGCGGCGGCACAGCGAGGAGGAGCUCUCCCUGAUGAGGGCAAAUGACAUGGAGGAGGGCAGUGUCCCCAGUGACCUCUCCACCAGCAGAGAGCAGCAAAAAGAGGAGUUUGACUUUGGGGACAUGUUCCUGCACCAGUCUAUUCACACCAUAGAGUACUGCCUGGGCUGCAUCUCCAACACAGCCUCCUACCUGCGCCUCUGGGCCCUGAGUCUGGCACAUGCCCAGCUGUCGGAGGUGCUGUGGUCCAUGGUGAUGCGGUUGGGCCUGCGGAUGGACACCAGCCUGGGCAUCAUGUUUCUGGUGCCAGUGUUUGGGAUAUUCGCUGUGCUCACUGUGUCUAUCCUCCUGGUUAUGGAGGGACUGUCUGCCUUCCUCCAUGCUCUCAGGCUGCACUGGGUGGAGUUCCAAAAUAAGUUCUAUACUGGGACUGGAAUCAAGUUUGUUCCCUUUGCCUUCUCCCUCCUGCCCUCUAGCUUUGAGCAUGAUGGCUUGCUGUGAAUGGGACAAACAAUGCUUCUGCCCUCCCAGAGGCAAACUGACACAAUGUGCCAGCAGGAUCCAGUGCUAUAUAGCUAGCCUGGGUAAUAGUCGGUUUGUGCCAUCAUGCCACUCCUAAAUGACAAGGAGUGGCAUGAUGGCACAAACAUAUUGUUACCCAGGCUUCUAUUGAGCCUCAUAGACAUACAGUACAAUUUCAUAUUGUUUUUUUCUACUAUUUGUUGCACUGACUGAUUGCCUUACGUAAGUACAACCAAAUCUCAGUGUAUCAUGCUCUAUUUUCAAUUGAAUGAUAUUCUGGGUUACCAACACUUUGCAAGGAAAAGCCUCCUUCAGUCAUGUUUGUAAAUGAAAAGUAUUUUUGGAUGAAUGUGGGAGAGAUGUACAUUUUAUUUUAUAGAGUGAUAAAGUUUGAAUGAGAAAUUAACAUUUGAAUGACUAUGACAGGCUUAAAAAAAAGUGGUGCAUCACUCUUGAAAGUAUGCAUACCGUGUUGUGCUGAAUGCUGACAAAAUUAUAUUAAAUUAAGAUAUGUUUCCUAUGCCUCCAUCGCUUUAUGGAAGACUACUUCUUAAACUGCCCAUUCCAUGGAUGGAAAUUAAAAGUAUAACUCAAGACAUCAUUUAAUGACACCAACAAUCCCUGAUUAUGAAUAAGGCAGGAAAAGCAGGCACUGGACCAGUGCAGGGAUCAAUUCUCUCCAAAGCUUUUUCCUAUAUUCCCAUCCUGUAGCACCAUAACAGGAGGAUGUAGUUUAUGCUGUUGGGUAAUUGUACCUUCAAGAUGGAAAAAUAAGAAAGAGUUAUAAUUUUUUAUUUCAUUUUUUUUUUUGAUAUUGGUUAAAUGUCCUAAUGAUGGUAUUAAACCCUCUGAAGAGGAGCUAAUUGUUUGAAUUGUGAUUACCACGUAAUAUGGAACUUUAACAUUAUGGGGAGCUUGCACCAUUUCAUUGUAAACUCACUUGCUGUGUUAUCAAACAGUAAUGUGCUGUAUCUUAGUGAUGCUUAAAGAUGCCUCUAAAGCAGGAUCCUAUGGGAAAUGCUGCUGUGAAGUUGAGACGAGGGGAGAAUCUCAAUUGCAUACUCCUCGCAUCCUCAAAACCCAUUGGAGGAGAAGUUCAGAGGGGAAGGACCUCUGGCUUUCUCAUCCAAUGGGUUUUGAGGAGGCGAGGAGCGUGAACUCCAGGAGUCUGCAAUUGAGAAUAUGUCUAGAUAAUGUAAAAAUAGUGGUUAGAAAAUACUUUUCUAUAACUAUGAUGACCACUAAUUCUUAGAUGUGAAGUCUGAUUAGCAAUGGCUCUAACGUCUAAUCCUUGAUUACACAAUGUGUGUGGUUUGUUGAAGGGCUUGCUGUAAAUGUUUGUACCUAUUCUAAUGUAGUCUAUUUUAAUCAUAUUUAUUUUAAAGAAUGUAAACAUUUGAUUGAUUCGCAUCAUUAACUCCAUACUUAUAUUAGUGGUAUGCAUACAUUCCUCUGUUUUGGCUUUGCUGAAUUAUUUUAUUUCCGAUAAUGGUGAACAUGUUUUCAGUGUAACAGGUGAAUAAAGCUGACUGAAUAAAGUUGAAUUUGACUGGAAA